CUCUGACUUGCGGCUGAAGUCUCUCUGGCAGAUAGUGUUUCUCUUCAAUGAACCCUCGCAGGAAUAAUUAGCUUCAAUGUUGAAACUUCGGUGCUGGUAUGCUGUAAAGUGGGGCCUUUAGUUUCAACGGAAGCGAUUCAGAGGCCACGAUGGCAUCCGAAGUGGAAGACCCCAUGAGUCAGGAGGACUGGAAGGACAAGUGUCUGGUUCUGGAGAACCUGCUCAUGAAGUUCAGGGUCCAGAUCAUCAAGAUACGAGAGCUCACAGCUGACAAGAUCCAGCAGCUGGAGACUCAAGUGGUCGACGCAGAGAAGCGAGCUUUCGCAGCUCAGCAGCAGGUUCAGUGGAUGGAGGAGAAGCUGAAGACGGCUGACGGAAAGUCUGCAGAGGUGAGUUUGUUCCAGCGCUGCCAAGAGCUGCAGGCGUUGGUCCAGGAGAGGGAUGACGUCAUCGCUAAGCUGGAGCAGCAGCUGGAGGAGCAGAAACAGAUGCGGCUUCAGGACGCCAAGACGGUGGAGGAGAAGGCGGCGAAGAUAAAAGAGUGGGUGAUGGUCAAGCUGUCAGAGUUCGAGGUGGAGAAUGCAGCUCUCAGAGAGACCAAUAAGCAACAAGAGGCUCAGAUUUUGGAGCUCCAGAAGCAGAUGCAAGACUUUGAGCAGAAGUGUCGCAGUGAAGAAGUCCAGAGUCGACCAGGUGAAGCGCAGCGUCUCAGCAGUCUGACCUUUGGCUGUUUCCAUGUGAGAGGGAAGAGUCCGCAAGUCCUCACCGGCCCCUCACCAUCGCAGAGGACCCUCAGUACUCAGGGAGAGGCUGAGACCAGAACCAGGGCGGAGCGGGGUAACAAGGUGGGGCCUGAUCCCACACGGCUUCUUGACCCUCCUCUGGAGGAAGACAGUGCCUCAGAGAACCUCGGUGAAAGCAGCGGUCGCCAAGGAGUCUCGACCGUCCUCUCCAACACAGCGUCCGAUGGCGGCAGAGAAGGAAGUGGAGCGUGUCACCUAGAGUUGAGUCGCCCCUGCAGCGAGGCCUACCUCACCGCCUCAGAUGACAGCAGCUCUCUGUUCGACGACGACAUGCAGCGGGCCGAGGGCCUGGGGUCCUCAGAGGGGACUCUAGCAGAGUGCAAGGACUCCGACAGGGUCAAGAUGGAGGACAGCACCUCGGAGGAGCUGAACAAACGAUUCCAGUCUCAGAGACUUGAUUCCUCGUCUUCCUCUGGUGAGACCACCAGCUCAGUUCUCACCUCCGCCUUGACUCCCAAGCGACCACCUCAGGACCCCAGAGACACCUCAGCCUCACCCAAACAGCCCAGACUCAGGACUCCCGUGGGGUUUGGGUUGAUGAGCGCCUCCGUGGCUAAAAAGCACCUGAGUCAGCCGCCGGUCGGCACCGAGGCUGCACACCGCCAGACACGCAACGCUUUGAGCAUGCUGCGGAACCCCCACCCUCAGGAGACCGACCUGGACCAGGAGCAGGAGGUCAUCAUGGAGACCAGCAAGGAUAACACUCCCACCACAGGACUGUCGUGUCAGACCACAACCUCCGGCUCAGAGAACAGUGCAGACGGUCAGAAUUCAGCACCCGGCAACAAACCUCCCACUCCUCCACUGCACAGACUCCCGUCCUGGGAGAGUCGGAUCUAUGCUGUGGCAAAAUCAGGGAUCCGACUGUCGGAGACUUCCUGCUCAAAUCCGGCCAGCAAAGACUGGUCCCUGCAGUCGUCCUACCCUGCUUUCGUCAUGUACACAUCCCUCAUUUACAAGAACAUGACCGCACCGGUGUACACGACCGUGAAAGGGAAAGCCACACUCCUCAGCAGCAGUCCUUUCGUGGAGGAGUCGUCCAGUUCCGAGGACUCAUCCAGCUCCGGUGAGGAGGAUGGCUCCUUCUGCAGCUCGCACACCUCCUCCAGCUCGCUCAAGGAUAGCCACCCAAGCAGCCCGCGCUCCCUCAAGAGAGCCGUGUCCAUGUCGUCGAUGACAUCAGAGAGUGACUACGCCAUCCCACCUGACGCCUACGCCACCGACACAGAGUGCUCAGAACCAGAGCUGAAACUCCCAAAAACCUGUUCAUCAGCCAGCGACAACAGCAAGAGUGAGCCGAUGGAGAAGUCUGGGUACCUGCUGAAGAUGGUGAAGACCUGGAAGAAGACCUGGAAGAGACGCUGGUUUGUGCUAAAGGACGGAGAGCUGCUCUACUUCAAGUCUCCGAGUGACGUCAUCAGGAAGCCCCAAGGUCAAAUCGAGGUCAACGCCACCAGCAGCAUCUCCCGAGGGGAAGGGAAGCAGAUACUCCAAGUUGUGACGGGGAAGCGAGUCACCUACCUGAAGGCCGACUCACCAAACCUGCUGGAGGAGUGGUUGAGGGUCCUACAGAGUGUCCUGAGAGUCAAAGCUGCCAGUCCUCUCUUCACGCAGCCGGACAUCAGACCCAGCAUGAAGGGGCUGCUCAUCAAGGUCAAACACGGCUACUCCAAAAGAGUCUGGUGCGCCCUCAUCGGCAAAACCCUCUACUACUUCCGCAGUCAGCAAGACAAGUUCCCUCUAGGUCAGAUCAAACUGUGGGAGGCCCAGGUGGAGGAGGUGGACCGGUCCAAAGACUCCGACGACCAUCUGAAGGAGUGCGGCUGGAGCGCGCAGGUCGCACCAUUCACCAUCGUCGUCCACCCUCAGGAGCAGGAACCCACCUACCUGCUGAUCGAGUCUUGCCACGAGAAGGACUCAUGGCUGUACAAUUUGUCGGUCGCUGCUGGAACCAUGAUGGGGAAAGUCGGAACAGAGUUUGAGCAGCUGGUUGGACAGCUGUUUCAAGUGGACGGAGAGCCGAACUCCACCGUAUGGAAGCAUGCUGUGUUGUGUUUCAGUAAAGAAGCUCUGUCGUCUCCUCUCACCACGCUGCCGUCGCAGGCGCUUCAGACCGAAGCUGUGAAACUCUUCAAGAUCUGUCAGCUCUUCAUCAACGUGGCCAUCGACGCCCCGGCCAUCGACUACCACGUGUCUCUGGCCCAGAGCGCCCUGCAAGUGUGUCUGACCCACCCGGAGCUCCAGGACGAGUUUUUCUGUCAGCUCAUCAAGCAGACCCGCAAGAGGCAGGGCCACCCGGGGCCGCUGCAGGGCUGGCAGUUCCUGGCCUUGUGUGUGGGACUGUUCCUGCCUCACCAUCCUUUCCUCUGGCUGCUGCAGCUUCACCUGAAGAGGCACGCCGACCCCAGAAGUGAAGUGGGGAAGUACGCCAUCUACUGCCAGCGCUCGAUGGAGCGCGCGCAGCAGAAGGGUGAGCGGCAGGCGCGACCUUCCCGCAUGGAGAUCCUGUCGAUCCUCCUGAGGAACCCGUAUCACCACUCGCUGCCCUUCAGUGUGCCAGUCCACUUCCUCAACAACACCUACCAGGUGGUGAGCUUCGACGCCUCGACCACAGUGGAUGAGUUCCAGAUUCGUCUGAAUCAGGACUCAGGCGUGAGGAAGACUGCGCUGUCCGGCUUCACCUUAUACACCGACGACCCGACGGGCCGAGAGCUGGAGCACUGUCUGCACCAGGGAGCCAUCAAGGUUUGUGACAUCAUCUCCAAGUGGGAGCAGGCGUCCAAGGAGCAGAAGAGCGGGAAGUCCGAGAACGCCCGGACCGUCCGCCUCACCUACAAGAACAGGUUGUACUUCCAAGUCCAGGCUCGGGGGGAGUCUGAGAGAGAACGCUGUCUUCUGGCCUACCAGACCAAUGAGGCCAUCGUGGCGGGACACUUCCCCGUCAACAAGGAGCUGGCUCUGGAGAUGGCUGCGCUGCUGGCUCAGGUGGAGUUUGGGGAUUUCGAACGGCCGUUCUUGGCUCCUGGUUCUGCUCCCACCAAGUCAAACCAAACCCUGAAGCAGGUCUUGGACAGAUUUUACCCGAAACACUAUCGCAGGAGCACGACUGAAGACCAGCUGAGACAGCUGCUGCAGCGUCUCUCUGCUCGCUGGGCGUCACUCCGAGGUCGAAGUUCACCUGAGUGCAUCAGGAUCUACCUGACUGUUGCUAAAAAGUGGCCUUUCUUUGGUGCCAAACUGUUUGAGGCCGAGUCGAUCAGCUCUUCUCCGGAGCAAAGCUCUCGUGUUUGGUUGGCGGUACACGAAGACGGUGUCAGUGUCCUGGAGCACAACUCCAUCAAGCCUGUGUCGUCUCACCCGUACAAGAACUUGAUGACGUUUGGCGGCUGCAAAGAAAACCUGAUGCUGGUGGUGACACAGAACAACAAAGACAAACCGACAGAGACGCAUCUGUUCCACAUGGACAUGUCCAAGCAGAUCCGAGAGGUCACCCUGCUCAUCUCCAGUUACAUCAACAGUGCUCACCAGCAGAAGGCGGCAGCCCACCACCUCUCAGCCCCGGCUCUCAUGGUGGCACAGCCACUGGGAUUGAAGAGCAAGAAAGAGCUGAGGAGCAAGUCUCCGCCGGCGCUGGGCCGACCCAGUCAAGCUCCCACGCUGCUCUGAGUGACUUCACUCGUGAACGUCCGUGUAGAUCAGGUCGAAACGUUUGUUAAACUGCAGCCAACUACAGUAUUUAUUGAUGUAUUCAUCUCAUUUAUUAGCUUUCAUUGUCAGGGAUGUUGAGUCGGACAGAGAAGGUGUUGUUGUGAGGUGUUUCAGUGUCGUCUUCUUCUGGACCUGGAAGCGGGGAGAGAGGAGAGACACUUGUGGAGCAAGAAUGUUGGAGAUGGAAGGAGAGGAAGACAACAAAUGAGGCCCAUGAUGAACGACUAGAGGAAGUUGACGGUGGAGGCGGCGACUCAUGAUGGGAAAGGAAGGCCUGAUGCAACACUUUCAAUAAAAAUGUAUUUAUUGAAGUGGAAAGAAACAUGUGACAUAGCAAAGGAAAGCUGGUUCAGGAAACAUUGUUCAUAUGUUGUUUUGUUAUAAGCAAUAGACCUGUUCAUUUGCAGAUGUUUUAAUUUGAAUAAUAAAAGUAUUUUGGGGGGAUGGAUCAUGAGAUCCAUCCAGAGUCUUUGUAGUGACCAAAGCAGAAGAUCACAGAUCAAGUUCAUUCAGGAGAGGCGUGGAGUAGAACCACUGCUCCUUCAAGAGAAGACGGUGGGGUGGCUGUUUACUGUAUUUGUGAGUUGUUAAAAUGGGAGGAAUCUGACAACACACUGGAGGGAUGAUGUUUCUCUAUUGACCUAGAACACAGAGGUCCUCUGAGAAGAAACAGAGAAGAAUGUCUGGACCUCUGUACUUCAGCUGCUGCCCCCGAGACCCAGCCUCAAAAAUGAAGAAAAUUGACUUUACUAUGGCUGCUCCAAAACAAGUAGUCUACAAGUACUUGAGUACUUACCAAAACCAGGUACUUAUGCUGUCACACAUAAAGUUACUUUGAGGUUUUUUUUUCCGUAUGUUAUUUGAAUAACAUUCAUCAGUAUGUUUUUCUUGUACAUGGGUGUCAAAGGUUUCACUGCAGUACAAACAUACAUUUAGCAAAAUUGUAAUAAGAUGGCGGUUUCGUGGUAUCGGUGGCCAUGCUAUGAGUAUGGUAUCAGUAUUGGUGUAGCCCUAAUUUAUACUUUUUUUUUUUUUUUUUAAAUAUGCACAGCAAUUUAGAAACACUUGAACCUUACAGAGUGUUUACGUGUUUAACUAUCAAUGUUUUCUUUGUAGAAGGUGAGAUGCUUUUGCAUGUUUUAAUGUAAAGAAAAAAACUCUUAACCAAAGAGAAAAUAUUUUUAACUUAAUUUCAUGUCAUAACAAUAAAUGUUUUGUUUUCAACUUAGCAUUGACAAUGAGAUAUCAAGUGUUUUACACAUUUUAACAAGGUGAUGUGAGAUUUCCAUAAAGUCAGAAAUAGUAUUUACACUUGGGUAAACAUUUGCCGUUGAGUCGCAGUGGGGCAUGAAGCCUGGCAAAGAUUGAUGAGCAUAAAGAUAGAUAGAAUAAAGCCGUUGGUUAUUGCUGUGUGUGUUUGGGUUACUCAGUAGCCAGAGGUAGAAGAGAGGCGGUCAAUUAUUUCCACUCGAGGACAUAAACUCUAGAGGUGGUUGAGGGAGAAGUUUUGUGGCAGCUGAACAAAAUAUUCAAUGGUUUCUAAUGCACUGGAAUCGCGGUGACAUGAUACACGCUUCUUCUUCCUUCGAGCAGUUUCUAAUUCCUCUAGAUCACGGGUGUCAAACCGGUCCUCAAAGGGCCGCAGUGGGUGCAGGCUUUUGUUCCAACCAAUCGAGAGGACACCUACUCACCAGUCAGGUGUCUGGACCUGGACUGGAAUCAGUUGAUCGUCAGUCUGGUGCAGUUUGUUUCACCUGUUAGUACUUUCAGGGCUGGAACAAAAAGCUGCGCCCAGUGCGGCCUUUUUGCGGGUCAGUUUGACACCCUUGCUCUAGAUCAUCUGUAGAAACCGGAAGUAAUCUUCACAAAACAACAAGGAGCCUCCUGGUUGGUCGGUGGGCUGGUG